CUUGCUUUAUUUUCCAAUUUACAUUUCCCUUUUUAUUCUCAAUUAUCACAUUUUUUUAAAUGAAUUCUCUUAACCUCAACAACUCUGUUGCUUCUGUUGCUUCUGGUUCUGACUCUACUGGUGAUUAUCCUAACAACUCUGGUUCUGCUGGUAACUCUGCUGGUGCUCAAUCCAACCCUGGUUCCCCUGAUGUUGUUCCUGCUACUGGUACGUCUGCCGACCCUGCUGCUGCUGUCAAUCUUCCUCAGUCCUCUUUUCAAUCGGAGCCUAUGGAAAUUGAUCAUUCCGAUAAAGUCGAACAAUCAAGUUCUUCUUCAUCUUUCAAUCCUCUUGCAACCACUGAUCCAGUCGUUACUCAUGUAACUUCUGUACCUAUCUCAACCCCUGCUCGUAACACGUUCGAUGAGGACGCCGACCAAGUGUUGCCUAGAAUCAGUGAGUGUAAGAAACGCAUUCAUGAUCUUUACGAACAGGAAGCUAUCGUUAUGCGUACCAGCACUAGUACCAUUCCUGAAUUUCAACUUCAUCAGCAUAAGAUCAAUGCUAUCGCUCAAUAUUUGGAAUAUUACCGUAACGCUCUUGUUUCUGCUAAUACCCUCUUCGCUUCCUUCAAAGAUACGUCUGAAAAAGACCACUCCGAUAUUCCCGCCAAGGAAAUCCCAGUUUUCGAUGUCAAGUUUCUCGAUCUAGUUACCAACCCGGACAUCCAUGCCACUGAAGAUGACUCCCUUCAAACGUUCAAGCGCAAAUUUGAAUGUACUUAUCUCAACUAUGGUGUUGAUGUUGAGCGUCACUGGUUCUUUCAUCUUGAAGCUAGCUUUGAAAACAACAAUUCUUACAAUUCAUGGUUCUGA